AUAUGGUUGUCAUAUUGUACUAUAUACAAUUUUCGCGUGUGUUCUGUUCACUUUGUAAAGUUUUCAAAGUUUUGCUUAAUUUUAAUUAAAUACGAAAGUAUUUUCAUAAAUUUUGUUUUAUUAACACAGUAAAGGCUGGUUCCUGAUUUGGAAAGCAUUUUUGUCUAAAUUCCGUUUAGUACGAGAACUUUUGGGACAAACAAACGCCGACGGAACGCCAUACACGAACGGAGAAUCGAAAACUGUAACGAGUAAUUCUCUGCCAACACAAAACAAACUAAAAAAACUAAGAAAAGACUAACAGCGACUAAAAACUCGCAAAUUUUUAAAAUAAACACACAAUAAACCUCCAAUAUCCAACCAGUACUUAGUCCAGUAAUCCAUAUACACAAAUAAAUCAUUCAACAUGAAUAUACGUUGUGCUAAACCCGAAGAUUUAAUGGCCAUGCAACACUGCAAUUUGUUGUGUUUGCCGGAAAAUUAUCAAAUGAAAUACUACUUCUACCAUGGCCUCACCUGGCCCCAGCUAAGUUAUGUAGCUGCCGACGAUAAGGGCAACAUUGUAGGCUAUGUUCUCGCCAAAAUGGAAGAACCCGAAUCCGGUGAGGAUAGCAGACGCGGCCAUAUUACUUCACUAGCGGUUAAGCGUUCCUAUCGUCGUUUGGGCUUAGCUCAAAAGCUAAUGAAUCAAGCUUCCAAGGCCAUGGUAGAAUGUUUCGAUGCCCAAUAUGUAUCCCUGCAUGUACGCAAAAGCAAUCGUGCUGCCCUGAAUCUUUAUACAAAUACGCUGAAAUUUAAGAUUAUUGAAAUCGAACCAAAAUAUUAUGCUGAUGGUGAGGAUGCCUACGCCAUGAGACGUGAUUUAGUCGAAUUCGUUGCGCCCAAUGAGAAACGCGAUGGCGAUAGUGAGGAUCAGCAAGAUAAAGAAAACAAAAUUCAUUAUCGCGAAUCAUUACCUCCCAAUCACGAUCAUAGCAAUCAUGAUGGUCAUUGUUGUUAAAAAUUAACAAUCAGAAAUAACUAUGCGUUUGAAGGAAUAAAUUAUUUUAAGCAAAAUUGUGCGUAGUAUUUGCAAGAAACAAAUUAUUUGCAUUUUUUUUAAUAGAAAUUUUAAUUAUUUUAUCGACUAAAUGAAAAACAUUUAAUUUUGUUUUCUUUUUCUUUGUAAUUUUCUCAUUGUAAAGCAAAAAUAAAUGUGCAAAUUCUUUAAUAAAGAAUUUAAGAAGAAAAACCAACAAA